AAAAUGUCACCUCUGUGGCACUUGUCAAUGUCAACACCAAGUUUUCGUCAGAAUAAUGGCAGAAGAUCCAGUUGUAAAUCUCCUUCGAGAGCAUUUCAAGAAAGUGCACGAAUGCUUACAGGACAAAAAAAAUUUCGAUAUCUUGACAAGAUUCAGUUUCAGGUCCACCAGUGAUAAAUCAAUUGGUGAUACAGACGAUGAAUACACAAAUCCAGAAUUCGAAUUAUCACAGAGGACACCUGAAAAAUGCUUGAAUAUAGCUUUUAGACCAAUCACGGAAGCCCCUGUUGAAUCUUUCGAUUCAGAGGAAUUUCAGACAGAUACAAAUUUCGAAGAAUGCAAUACUGAAAAACAAUCUGAUUCUGAUGCCUGUUCGUCAAUGUUGACAUCAGAAUUAGAUGAUUAUAAACAGGAAUCGAUAAAAUCUUCGAGGAAAACUCUUUUGGAAAGACCAGAAACUCCUAUGCUAGAAAUGAGUGAUUUCGAAGACGAGAACGAAUUUUCUGUUGAGAAACCGAAAAGGAUGGAAUAUUCACGAAAAUUUAUUCAUUAUCCUGAACAACUCAUACAAACUGAUGAUCUGAAUAUUUCAACAGAAACUACGGAAUCGAACCAAGAAACAAAAAUGGAUAGAUCAGAAUUCCUGGAUAUAUUACCGAAAAGAGACGAACCUGAGCGAAAAUUGAAUAUUUUGACACCGGAGGAUAAUGACAGCGCUUUCCGAGAAGAGCUUGAAAUGUACAAGAGAGACAUAAAAAUGGAAAAAACGAUCAAAAGCUUAUCGUAUAACAAUGAAAAUCUCAAUCUUCAAACGACUUCCAAGAUACAUCAUCCAAGUUUCAGCUACGACCAGUGUAUGAAAAAUGUAAUCCAUGGUCACAAAACAGAAAGGAUGAAAGAACCUCGUGAUUUCAAUUUACACAAUAGUUUCACGCUAGAUGUUCCGCAGAAUAGAGAAGUUCCGGAAUACCUCAAAGACUAUUUCGAAGAGACCAAAACUAAUGUUUGCCGAAAAAGUUCCGAAUAUGGACAAGAUGACAAGAAACGAUCGAAUCUGGAUAAUUAUCGUGCUGAAUCUUCUGUUGAUAACGAAAUACUGAAUUUGGUCAAGGAAAGAAUUCUGGGCAAUCCAUCAUUGAACGAUGAAAAGGAUAGUUCUCAUUUUGACAAUCUCAAGUCCUCUGAGGAAAAAUUCGUUGCUAUGAAUCAUUUCGAAAUACAGCAACAGAUGUUGAAGAGGAUCGAAGAUAUGUAUAAACCUGGGGAUGGAAAAUAAAUUGUAUCAAAUAGGGAGAUUGCCCAAAUUUUCUCAAUAUAUUUUGGUGCUGGCAUUA